AGUCCAGAGAGACUGCUGAUCCUCCUCCAGAGCUCCGGGUCUCCGCGUUCCGCCGCACGGAAACACCUCAACUUCUUCUAACAAAGUUUGGGUGAAGUUACAGGAGCGCGUGACGGACUGCGGGAUGAUGCUCCCGCAACAUGUCCUGCCUUCAGCCAGCCGGAUCCACGCCAAGAUAAGACAGGGGGAGUUCAGUUAGUUUGGGAAUCCUGCUAGUGAUCUCUCACCGGCGGGCCGACAUGAGGGUGUGUAACCGGGGGAUGAUGAUGCUUCUGACCACGGCGGGGGCCUUCUGCGCGUUCAGCCUCAUGACCAUCGCCGUGGGCACGGACUACUGGCUGUACUCUCGUGGGGUGUGCCGCUCCAAAAACCUCAACGACAACGAGACCGUCCACAAGAACGAAGAGGUCCUGACCCACUCUGGUCUGUGGAGAACCUGCUGCACUGAGGGAAUAUUUCGAGGUGUUUGCAAAAACAUCGAUCACUUUCCCGAUGAUGCAGACUACGAACAGGAUGCUGCAGAGUAUUUACUGAGGGCAGUUCGGGCCUCCAGCCUCUUCCCCAUCCUCAGUGUGGGAUUGUUAUUCCUUGGAGGGGUGUGUGUGGCCGCCAGCGAGUUCUACAAGUCACGUUACAAUGUCAUUCUCACUGCUGGCAUUCUCUUUGUCUCUGCAGGUCUCAGUAACAUCAUUGGAAUCAUUGUCUACAUAUCAGCUAACUCAGGUGACCCCAGUCAGAGUGACAACAAGAAGAGCUACUCCUACGGCUGGUCUUUUUACUUUGGCGCUCUGUCCUUCGUGCUUGCUGAGAUAGUGGGAGUCCUGGCGGUCCAUGUGUUCAUAGAGAGACACAGGCAGCUGCGCACUAACGGACGGCCUUCCCUCAUAAAGCCUCCCAUCUCCCGUAACUCGUCGUAUUACCGUGACCGUUACUAUCAGAACCGCAGCCGGCGCUGCAGCCACAAAAGCACCCACAGCGCUGGAGACUCCAACUCAAACACUUAUCAGGCCCCCUUGGUGAACGACCGGGUUCCGUCCAUCUCUCCAGACAGCAAAGUUUCUGUCAUGGCAGGUUUGCAAACGCCAAUGACACUGGACUCAGAGUUCAUGCUGUACACACUAACGUCGCCUCUCAAGGAUAGCAGGAUCACUAUGAGCUUGGAUGAUUUGACAACUUCAAUGGCUCACAACAACACAGAGAUGCUCCCAGGAAACACUGCAUCCAGCAGGAGGACUACACCCGUCUGAGAGGAGAAGAGAUGCACCGACGGUCCUCUCCGUGUAGAACACAGCUCUGCUUAUUUCAAAUCAUUAGUUUUUUCAAUGUUACAAAACAAUCUCAUUUGUAUUGAAUAAAAUAAAACUUACUUUUUAAGAUCUAUAAUGUUUGCAGCUUUGCUCUGCCAAGGCAUCUGCAACAUGUGUGCAAAUGAGGCUGAUCACGAGGGGAAAUGUCAAAAGGAAACAGCCACACAAACAGAAAUGACUACAAAUACAUCUGGCAAACCAUUAGUAUUUCACAUGCGUCUGAGCUCUUUUUGUGUCUCACAUGCUUAAAAUUAUAACCCUCCUAAAUUCAUUUAAGCCCACACCCAUCUGUGCUUGAUUGUGCAUUGUAUGCAGGUGCAAACAUACAUGUAAAAAGCAAAAUAUUUUGCAAUUCUGGGUGUGUCUUUCACUUUGUAUUUACAUCCAAUAAAGGAAUGUGUUUUAA